CUAGGCUUUAUCUAUCCCUCCUUCUCGUCACCUACCGCUUCUCUUCUUCAAUCCACAGCCUUGCGAUAUCAAACAGCGACCUACACGUUAUUUGUGUAACCCAGCUACCAUUAGCCAAACCUUACCAAUAAUACGUGCGCAUCGAUCACAAAUACCAUGCAGGCGGCACACCACGCAUUGAUCGAUCCUCUCAUCGAGCCAGAACCGAGUGACGACACCGGCCUCAACUCCCACUUCCGCUCAACUUUUGCGCCCAGACAGGAUCGUCCCAUCACACCACCCGGAUCUGCUGGACUGCCCAAGGAUGAUUCGUCCGUGAAGGUCAAGGAACACCGCACGGGAAACUCGGUUGGGAGCCACCCUUUAAUUCUUCCUCAACACACCGGCACCACUUCACUCGGGUCCUACCCUUUCGUCCAAUCUCAGCACACCGGCAACUCUGCAGAGACCAACCCGUACCGUCGAGCGAGAGCGUCGUCUGAAGCCAAGGCUCCUUCUGCGACCAUUUCACAGAUUGGCCAGACUACUCCUGGGUCAAGCAGGUAUGAGUACCCGUCCCCUCCCCAGUCUGCAAGCCCGCGCAAGCAGCACUUCUCGAACCACCGCGCGGCCGCAUUCGGAUCCAUGAACGAGAGCCGACCCCGCCGUUCGAGCCAGCCAUCGUCAUCCAGACCACAGCAACAUGUAUCCGGACGGAGCCGAGGAGGAUCGCUGAACCAUGGAGAAGCCUCACCCCUAGACACAAUCCGCAAGGAGACCAAGACUGCGCACCGUGCUCACCAUCUCAGGAAAAAGAACCUCCAGGGAGCUGACAUCAUCGAUCGUCUCGACAAGAGCGGUGUGUCGCGCUACCACCACGAGGGACCGUACGAUGCAGCUAGUAUGGCACGUAACAAGGACAAGAAGUACAGCCCUGUUGCGGCAGUGCAGGAGUCGAACGAGGAAGCGCUGAGGGCGACACCACGGGAGAACAUCCGGGAUGCCGUUGAGAAGCAUCGACCACUGGAGGGCGUUGCUACUGUGCCACCAGGCAUGACUGACAGAUUCGGACGUGUCUACAUCUAUGAGGAAGGCACCGAUAUGCAGCGUGAUCCCCUAAACAAGGGCGACUACAAGCGAGUCCCUGGUGUGCAAUACCAUCCAGAUGACCUGAAAGGCAAGGGCGAGCCGUCAUACUCGAUCGAGAAGCGGCUGAAAGACCAGAAGAGGCUCGGCGACAGCGGGACUGAGAUGACCUCACGUCCUCACAGCAAGAGCGUUGGCCACCUUGACGCGCCCGGUGCUACGCCGGCAGAGAACCCGUUCGAGCACGACGCAUCCGCAUCCGGCAUUGGGCGGAGCAACUCGGGCCUGGGUAGCGCGUUGAAGAAGCGCUUCGGCAGCAUGCGACGAAAGAAGCCGGACGCCGACGCUUAGGAGGCGCUGAUGAAGAAGGCAAUUGAGUCAGAUUACUAGCACCAAAAUUGUACAAUGGGUCACGCGAUGGAGUUGGCAGGUUUCUUGUUUACGGGCUGGGUUGGAGAUACUAGAUGGACUGGCAUGUCCACCCACGACCGACACGUGGAGUGUUGUAUAGCUGUUAAUGAAUGAUGACUUGACUUUGUUCGUUCGAUCUCGAGUGAUUGAAUGAUACAAAUUAG